CACACCCCAUUUAAUUUCCAUCGUCACAGAUAUUUAGCCUUUCUUUUUCAAAGAUACGGAGGCCCUCUUCAGAGUUUGGUCAAAAAGAAACAGUCAAUGAACUCAAGCCCCAACAUUCAAAGCAAAUCAGAAAAACAAAUAAACACUAGGCCCAAAAUCUGCCCUGGCUCACCCACCCAAACAAAAAAAAAACCCUAACGAGGAAGGGGCUUCUGCACGUAUCAGAGAGAUGUUUACAAAGUCCUCAUUAAGGAAAAGAAACUAGAUAAGAGUGCACACGCACACACACACUCACUGGGACACUACGAACACUAAAAAUGCAGAGCUUCCUAGUUUGUAGAUAAGGCAUAGAGAGAAAGUGGAGAGAGAGAGAGGGGGGAAGAGAAGAAAAACAUUUGAAAAGAGAUGCCACAGAGGGACAUAUCUUUCACGUAGUGAAACAACCCUCACGUCAAAACCUUCCAGACAUCAGAAGGUAAGAAGAAGAAGAAGAAAUCCUCCAAGUUCAGGAUUAGAGGGACUUUCAUUCAAUGACAGGUGUGGCUGCAGAACUUCAACAAACCUCAACGCACUGGAGUGAUCACUGACCCUCUGGAUAAGCAAGGGUUUAGUUCUUCUGAACGCAACAAAAUAACAUUCAGGGCAUUGUUUCAUUGAAUCUGUAGAUCCAAAUUCAAUCCCUGUUUGACUCCAAACCCAUUGGACUGCUUGUUUUUGUGUCUCAUCACGGUUGGAAGCAGGGUUUGUAAAUUUGGAUUAUGGGGCCAUCCAUAGCGUCAGUUUUUUUGGCCUUCCUUGUGUUGUUUUGGGGGCCUUUCUUUGCCUGCAGUAACCCUAUCAGCUCACCGGAGAGGAUCCGCACUGGUCCAGGGCUGGAUGAUGGGAAUGGAGGUGUUCUGGAUCCCUCACUACUGGAGCAGGACAGUGAGGUGGACAUGCAAAGCGUGCUGGAGACCCUAAAGGGGCAGUUUCUACGCACCUUUAAUCUGUCAGGUAUCCCUCCACCUGUAAAGACAGGGGCCACUCGAGUGGAGCCCCCAGAGUACAUGAUGGAGCUCUACAACCGCUUCGCCAACGACCGAACAUCAAUGCCUUCGGCAAACAUUGUACGCAGCUUUAAAAAUGAAGACUCUUCCCCAUGCAGCGUGGGACCUGGUGGGGUGAGACAACACCCCCUUCUCUUCAACGUGUCAAUCCCACACCACGAAAGAGUCACCGCCGCUGAGCUCCGACUCUACACCCUGGUUCAAACCGAUCGCCACAAAUAUGCUGGUGUUGACAGAAAAGUGACCAUAUAUGAAGUGAAACAACGUGAAACAAACGCCAGUCAUCAAAUAAGAGGAGACGAUAUUGAGGAGGAAACAGAACUAGUGGAGUUGGCAUCUCGACAGGUUUACGGCACAGACAAUGGCUGGGAAUCCUUCGACAUGACUGCUGCGGUGCUUAACUGGCGUGCUAAAUCAGAAUAUGGCACCACCCACAAGUUGGAGGUUCACAUCGCAAGUUUGAAUUCUCAGAGUGCUCCAGCUUCCGAAGGUGAGAAUACAGGCAAUGCCAUAGGAGGGGCCAUGGACAUUGACACCAGUCUUGAGGACAAGCACAGACCCUUAAUGAUUGUCUUCUCUGAUGACCAAAGCGUAGACCACCGUGGAGACAAGCGAGAACUGAAUGAACUUAUUCAACAUGAGACUGCUGGGCGUGGCUUUCAGGACAACCUUGGCCUGGGGCUGACCGAUCUCUGGGACGACUUGGGACAAAACGAUGAGAAUGAGGAAGAGGAGCAGAGUGAGGAAGCUCUCCUUCAAAUGCGCUCCAACCUCAUCUAUGACACGGCAUCCAGAAUUCGACGCAACGCCAAAGGCAACCUGUGUAAAAAGAACCCUCUCUAUGUUGACUUCAAAGACAUCGGUUGGGACAGCUGGAUUUUGGCUCCCACUGGUUAUGAAGCAUAUGAGUGUGCAGGGGUGUGCACGUACCCCUUGACAAAACACGUUACACCCACAAAACAUGCCAUUGUGCAAACUCUAGUCAACUUGAAAAGUCCGCAGAAAGUCGCUAGGGCUUGUUGUGUACCCACUAAAUUAGAUUCCAUCUCCCUGCUCUACCUAGAUGAUGCAGGUGUGGUCACAUACCAGUAUAAAUAUGAAGGCAUGGUGGUAUCAGAGUGUGGAUGCAGAUAGUAUUUAAUGGAAGGAAAUGGGGUGAAGCCAGGCCAGAGCUUAGAAACUGGAAUAGAUGGAGAUAAAAACUAGCCAAACCUAUGGCCUUCAUACCAAUUUUCUUCCAAAUGGUGGUGGAAAAGAUUUACUCCCAACCUUAAAAACGGAGUUGCAAAGUUCCUGAAUAUGAGUCAAAGUUUCACAAGGGUGUUGCGUCAAGCAAAGGACUUAUUUGGAACCACGUGACAAGGGGCACAAUGCAAGUUUUGGUGAAUUAUCCCUGCUGAAUAAGAAUUGGGUGGAACAAAAGACAGUAAAUUAAGCCCUGACACGCCUCAAGAUCAGCCUGGAUAAACACGCUGUUCUUAUCAGUAAAGACUCAAGUUUAAGUCGGAGAUUGUAUCAGCUCGGACUCGUUGCAUACUCAGCCUUUGCGUUUGCAUCAGCAAAGUUCUGCCCAAGUGGGUGUUGUAGAGAUGGCAGCUCAGUGGAGAAUGUGAACUCAAGCACCACAGGGUCAGUCUGGUGACCCUACUGGAGACAAGAAGCAUGCGAAACUGUCCGUUUCCAGUUUCCACAAAGCUCGGUAUCAUAUCUGUCGUGACAACACCGAGUCAAUAUGCAGCUUCCUGCCAACAGAAUGCAUUUGAUAUGAACUGUCUAAGUUAAAGUGAAACAGUUACCAGAAGAAUCUUGUAAAGAGAAGGAAGGGGCAAAACAGACCAGAACGGACCGGUCUUGACUUCCGAUUCUGUCUGGGAACAUGCAGAACAAACAUUAGUGUUGUGGAUUUUCAAGGUUUGCGGCCAGUAUUGCAACUGUUUCAGGACACUGUUUGGGUUGUAGGGCAUCUUAAAAGUCGAUAGAGGACAAUUAGAACUGUCAACAUUAUCUGACUGGUUUAUAUAUAUAUAUAUACAUUUCUUUCUCUUGGGCCAGUUAUUCUUGUUUCAUCAGGAACUUUGCAUUCUAAAAUAAGAACCACCAUCCACGUUCUACCAUGAAAUAAACUUGCACAUCAUUUACUGACUUUUAACAGAAAUGCUAAGAUAUGAGAAGUGGGGAGUUGAAAGAGGAUGCAGAGUCACAGUGCUUGCACAGUCUGGCUUGUUCCAUUGUUGACAGGCAGCAUCAACCCCAAGGGGGUACUGGGAGGCCACUUUCCCCCCUCCUCCACAUGUGUCGUGCGAGCAGCUCUCCCACCCCUGUGCAGGACUGUGAUAAGGAGGUGUCAGGAUUGAGAAACAUGUGUUUGGUUCUUAAGAGCUUGGAAAACCAAUAACAAUUCCGAACUGCAUGGAAAGUAGAGGCGGGAUUGAGAGGGCAUAUCAAAUUCUGGCCACAAGAAAGGAGAUUUGCAGCAUUCCCCCUUAUGGCUUUACUGAACCUCCUUUUGAGUCUUGCUCCCUUUAAACUUUCUGUCACGUCUUCAAGGAACAGAUGUUGGAUCCUGUUGGAUCCUUAUCGCUGUUGGGGCAAGAGGAUGAAUGGAAACUGUCUCGCAAGGUCAUCCCCACCCACAUAUACACUCCGCGAGACUUUUCAGUCAUCACCAUGUCUGAUCAUAUCUGGCAGGAUUUUUCUCAUGCUUGAAAGAUACUUCACAUUGCUGGCUUUACGUAACAUUACUAUCAGACUCGAAUGUUAAAAUACAAUUUAUGUUCUGCUGCUUGGAUUUAUGAUAAAGCUUAUUUAUUGAUUAAUUUAUUUUAAAAUAUUAUUCUUUAGGUGACUAACAAUAUUGUACAUAUGACUAAGUACACUAUACAGAGUAUGUCAUGAUCCUGUUUUGCAAAAAAAUAUGUGUAUACUUUAUUUUGUACGAGUUCAUUUUAAAUUAAACAUAUUAUUUUGUGAUAAUUUAUAUUUUGGCAUCUGUAGUGUGCACUCAGCAACGUCUGACUUUAUCAAUCAGUUCACCAGUACUGACUUUGUUUUAAGAUUUCUAUAUCUUUAAAUAGUAUGUUGAUGCUUCAGUUCAUUGCACCCAGACACCCAGAAUAGAUUUAGGCAAUGUCAGUCCAGAGCUCGCUGUUUAGAUAGUGGGUCUGGGAGCUAUUCAUAAAUUUAACUUCCUAUUGAAGACCAGCAGCUCAAAGGCCCGGAGUUUACAUGUCAAACACAUCCAAAUUCAUGGGAAGCUGACUGGAAACUAAUGUAAUGACCACACAGACUCUCCUGGUCUGUUGCUUGAGGCUGUGCAGAUGUGUUUAGCUCUUUUUUUAUUUUUUUUGGGGUGCAGGGUCUAUUAAAAAGUCGUUUUGUUCAGAAUGUAUUUAAGAUAUGAAAUAAGCUUUGGUAAUUUGUUGUUGCCUGGUGCCAUUGUAAAGACUUUGUAUUUUGACAUGUACAAUUGCACAUUGAAAAUGUAAAUAAAAUAAAUAUUUUAAAGAUUAAA